UUGGGAUGUACAUCCAUCAUGGAGCAUUUGCCUAGCUGUAGGGAAGGUCUUGCGUUCAAUCCUAGUAUUGCCCAAAGGUGUUGGGGGGAGGUAGAUUCUGAUACAUAGUACAACAUGGGUAAGUGUUGAAAACUGCAUUCUAAGUAAGCUUCUGCUUACAUGAAGAACCUAGAAUAAGCCAGUUCAUAGAGGCAGCAGAAUGAUAUUGCCAUCCUUCAUCCCCAACAAUGGGGAGUUAUUUAAUGCAUUUCAGUUUUGCAAAAUGAAAAAGUUCUAAAAAUUGGUUGAAACAGUCUGAUUAUACUACUGACUUGAACACUUAAAAAUGCUUAGCCAGAUAUAAUGGUACUGGCUUCAGGCCUCUCUCAUACACCUCACUGAAUUAUCAGAGUCCUCUAAGGAAAAAUGUUACAAUCCCUUAUUACAGCUGGGGAAAGGAAGGCCCACCACCAAAGACAGAGGCUGACACCCAAUAGAUGCUCAAUAAAUACUUCCUGGAUUUAAUGGGAGGGGUAAUGUCCAGCAGGUGAGAGAAAGGAGUGAGAUGAAACUCAUCAAGUUUCUGCAGAAAAUUCCUUUUCACUGCCCCUUCACCCACCGGGUUGCUCUCCGAGGUUCCUGUGGAGCCUGGUGCUCCGGGGAAUACACUACUGAUUUGAACACUUAAAAAUGUUUAUAAAUGGACAGAGAGGCAUGGAGCUCAAGGCGAACCGUUCCCUCCAUCCUGUAUCCCCCGCCCCAUGGAGGUGAGACCAGUGUGGAGCUCUCCAGGGCACCGCAGCCAGCGCACGGGUCAGACUUCGGGGAAGCGCAGGGCUUCGCGAGCCCCGGCGGCGCUCCCUGCGGCGUGGCACAUAUGCAGACCCCGGCUUCCUCCCUCCACCAUCCUGAGUCUUUGCGAGAAGCCAGUUGUCCGACUCAGUACGCUACAGCAGCGAUCUUGGAGCCAGAGCGCGCGAGCAGGUGCCAGCGCCACUCUCUGUCGUGAGGUGGGCUGUGGGUGCCCCGGCCCGGACGCGCGUGGGGCCACUCAGUAGCACUGCCCUUAGCGCAGCCGGAACAAGCCUACCCUCGGCUGCUCGCUCCGCCCCCUGACCCAGCGCACCCCGGCUCGGCUCGGGCGCUUGCAGCCCCUAAGAGUCUGGCUAGGCGCUUGGGCGACUCGAGCGGCGGGAAGCUGCGCCCUAACCAAGACCCAGACGGCUGCAGGAGCCAGGCAGCUUCGGGGUUGGCGUCGCUAUGAACGCCUCGGGCAGCCUCGGGGGCGAGAACGCAAGCCAGGCGGGCGGCGAGGGUGGCUGGCAGCCAGAGGCGGUCCUCGUGCCCCUGUUCUUCGCGCUCGUCUUCCUCGUGGGCACGGUGGGCAACGCGCUGGUGCUCGCUGUGCUGCUGCGCGGCGGCCAGGCGGUGAGCACUACCAACCUGUUCAUCCUCAACCUCGGCGUGGCCGACCUGUGCUUCAUCUUGUGCUGCGUGCCCUUCCAGGCCACCAUCUACACUCUGGACGGCUGGGUGUUCGGCUCCGGGCUCUGCAAGGCCGUGCAUUUCCUCAUCUUCCUCACUAUGCACGCCAGCAGCUUCACGCUGGCCGCCGUCUCCCUGGACAGGUAUCUGGCCAUCCGCUACCCGCUGCACUCCCGAGAGCUGCGCACGCCUCGAAACGCGCUGGCGGCCAUCGGGCUCAUCUGGGGUCUGGCGCUGCUCUUCUCCGGGCCCUACCUGAGCUACUACCGCCAGUCGCAGCUAGCCAACCAGACUGUGUGCCAUCCAGCGUGGAGUGCGCCUCGCCGCCGCGCCAUGGACCUCUGCACCUUCGUCUUCAGCUACCUGUUGCCGGUGCUGGUUCUUGGCCUGACCUACGCGCGCACCCUGCUCUACCUCUGGCACGCCGUCGACCCGGUGGCUGCAGGCUCCGGUGCUCGGCGAGCCAAGCGCAAGGUGACACGCAUGAUCGUCAUCGUGGCCGCGCUCUUCUGCCUCUGUUGGAUGCCCCACCACGCACUUAUUCUCUGCGUGUGGUUCGGCCGCUUCCCGCUCACACGUGCCACUUAUGCACUGCGCAUCCUCUCGCACCUGGUCUCCUAUGCCAACUCCUGCGUCAACCCCAUCGUCUACGCGCUGAUCUCCAAGCACUUCCGCAAGGGCUUCCGCAAGAUCUGUGCAGGCCUGCUGGGUGGUACUCCGCGCCAAACCUCCGGCCGCGUGUGGGUGGCGACACCAGGCACUCACAAUGGCAGCGUGCUGGAGCGUGAGUCCACCGACCUGACUCAUGUGAGCGAAGCGGCCGGGGUCCUGUAUCCCUAUCCUGGUUCUUCCCAGCUAAGCAGCCUCGAGCCGGGUCCCUAUCCCAUCAGGGAACCAAAAUGCCUCCAAUAAGAUCCUGAUCCACCAUUAAUGUGACCUCAAGCCUCAAGGCACUUAGCCUGUAACCUUGGGUAUUGGAACGGUUCGAGUCAGAGGUUGGGGACUAUAGGAGGGUUUCAUCUACUAAUAAAAUGCACAAACCAUUUCACCUGCA